UCCCCUCAUCCCAAGUACUCUUACAAAAAGACCCCUGAAAAAACCACAAAUAAAUCACCCGCAGAGGCCAUGGACGGGUACCACCACCACCACCACCACCACGGCGGGAGCGGGGGCGGGGGCUACGUCACCCCGGGAUACGCGCCGCCUGGGGCCCGCUACGACGGGGGGUUGCCACCUCAGCCGACCGUUAGGAUCUUCUGCAAGGCCAACGAGAACUACAGCCUCGCCGUUAGGGACGGCCACGUCGUCCUCGCCACCGCCAACCCUAACGACGAUUACCAGCACUGGAUCAAGGACAUGCGACACAGCACGAGUGUGAAGGACGAAGAGGGUUACCCAGCCUUCGCCCUCAUCAACAAGGUUACCGGCCAAGCUCUCAAGCACUCCCUCGGCCAAUCCCACCCUGUUCGUGCGGUGCCGUACAACCCGCAAGUGCUGGACGAGUCGGUGCUGUGGACGGAGAGCCGGGACGUGGGGCAUGGGUUCCGGUGCAUCCGCAUGGUGAACAACAUCUACCUCAACUUCGACGCCUUCCACGGCGACAAGGACCACGGCGGCGUCCACGACGGCACCUCCCUCGUCCUCUGGAAGUGGUGCGAGGGCGACAACCAGCGCUGGAAGAUCGUCCCCUACUGAACGUACAACAUGGUGGAGAUUCUACUCUGAUCUUUCUCCAUCAAUGGCCUGCUACUAUAUGUAUGCUGCUGCUGCUGCUCUGCCUGAAUAAUGUCGUACCUCUAUGGCAUCUUGUUGCUCUUUCUUUUUCUCCUUUUUUUGGCUUAUUUUGGAAGCAUGAUGAGUGGAGAGAGAGUUAUAAUGAGCUGUGUGGACUUUGUGUCUGUGUUUGUACCUGCUUGCUUGGUAUGCGUGUUUGUGAGGACGUGUCUCUCCUUUUAUGUUUAGUGGACUAUAUGUUUUCUAUCUAUGCUAUAUUAUGCA